CAAAAUAACAACACAAAAAUCGGUAUCACUCCAUGAACAAAUAGUAUUCCAACAUUCUAACCGAAAGAGUUACUUUUCGUCGGUGUUUUAUGUGCCGCACAGCUUUUUUAUCAUUUUUUCGUCGUUCUCGCGCUCUUCUAGUACGCUCAUCUUACAUUUUGCAACAAAGAAGCACAAUUUAUAUGAAAAUGCUUACGCUAAGUUAUCAGUUGUUGGCGAUACAUCAGUGUAAUAAGUUCUUACUCAAUAAGUGCACAGCAGGUGUAGUAGCAACAAUACGAGGUGUCGCGAAUUACAAGCCAGACGAGUAUAGUCUAAUAAGAAGAAGAAGCACGUCACCAACGCCAACAAUACUACGACGUUAUUGUCUUGCAAACAUUACUUUACAUAAAAGAAAAAAAAUGGCAAAUAAGAGUGAUGAUACUAAAAUACGUAACUACUAUAAUGUUGCAUUAGAAUUGGUUAUGAAAUGUGGUCCACUACUACGUGAAGGUUAUAGCGUUGCUGAUGUAGAUUUUAAACAAAAAACAGCAGCUUACGAUUUAGCAACUGUAUAUGAUAAACAAGUAGAGGAUAUACUGUUCGAGGGUUUGCAAACAGCCUUUCCAGAAUCAAAAUUUAUCGGCGAGGAGAGUGUAUCGGAGAGCGGCAAAGUUCCCGAGUUGACAGAUGCUCCCACAUGGAUUAUUGAUCCCAUAGAUGGCACCACCAAUUUCAUACACCGCAUACCACAUUGGUGUAUAUCGGUGGGUUUGGCCAUUAAUCGAGAAUUGGUAGUGGGUAUUGUUUAUAAUCCUAUUGCAAAUGAAAUGUAUUCGGCAUGGAAGGGUCAUGGCGCUUAUUUGAAUGGUAAACGUAUUCAUGUGAGAAAAUGUACCGAAAUGAACGAUGCAGUUUUAGCUUACGAAGUUUGCAUUAUUUGCGAAGCAUCACUGCGUGAUAAGUAUGUGAAGCGCCUUUCUAAACUCGCGGCUGUUAGCACGGGCACACGUUGCAUGGGCAGUGCCGCAUUGACCCUCUGCUACCUUGCAAGCGGCUGCUUUGAUUGCUACCACGUUGAAGAUUUACAGCCAUGGGAUAUAGCUGGUGGCGCAGUGAUAUUACGUGAAGCCGGUGGUGUGCUAUAUCAUAGCAAAGGUGGUGAAUUUAAUAUUAUGAAACCCGAUUUAACAGCCGCAGCCACGCCAGAGUUAGUAAAAAUCAUAGUCGGUUUAAUUGAAGAGGCUGAUGCACUGACUGACUUCACAUUUAAAUAAUUUAUUUGUUAUUAAUCAUGUUCUAAUUUUGCGAAGUUUUGUAUGGAGUUAACAAAUAAAUUAUUUUGAAAA